GCUCGAAAAAUUGCCUCAAGCCCGCGGAGCUUGUCACCCAAUGCUUCAGUCCAAAGCACCAAACCACAGCCAAAUUGGAAUGGUGGAACUCCGGGAGAAGUGGGGCCAGGAACAUACAACACUGACAAGCUCUCCUUGGCGCGAGCUGCAGGAGCCAGGUUUGGUGCAUCUCAUCGCUUCUCCCCACCUGACAGGGCUUCAUCUCCAGGGCCUGGAGCGUAUGAAACCUCGGUGAGAAGUCUUACCAAGGGCCAUCAAUUCCAACGUGCUGCUGUUACCACUUCCAGGCCAAGUAUUCCAGAUAGUUCCUCGAAGUCAGGUCCUGUUGCAACACCUGGUCCAGCAGCAUAUGACACAGUUGCAGCAACGCGGAGUACCAAGAAGCGCAUGCCAGUUGGGAUGAGUCACUAUGAUGAGACAUCAGCCAAUGUGAAUUUGCAGAAGGCCAGCAUCGCACACAGUGCUCUCAGCAUUGUGUUGUUCGAUGCCCGUGGCCAUGGGGCGAGCUCUGGCUGGGAAGGAGGUGGACCUGACCAAUUCCACUGGAGAUGUUUAGGCUCAGACAUGUUGCAAGUGGCUCUGGCGCAUACGGCCGCCUUAGUAAAGCCUUGGGCCCCCAGCUACAUUUUGGGUGGUUGCAGCAUGGGGGCGGCAGCUGCAGUUUGGGCGGCUCUCCUCUCGCCACGCUGCGUGCGGGGUUUGGUGCUAUACAUGGUGCCAACCAUGUGGGCUGGUCGAAAAACCCGUCGUGGUGCCCUCGAGGCGCGUGCCAAUGCUGUUCGUCAGACCGAUCCAGUUCGUGCUGAUGUGAUGCUGGGAGCUGCUCGAGCCGACUUUCCACCAAGAGAAGAUGUGGAAAGACUAGCUGCAACUGGCAUCCAAGUUUGGUGUCUCAAUUAUCACGUACGGAUCACGACAUUAAGGUGA